UAUAGUGGGUUAAGUGGACCUAGUCGACCGGUAUCGUUGGAAUAUCUAACAAAAAGCCAUGAUUAAAGGGACAAUUGUAGCAAAGUAUCUUAUUGAAUGUGGUGUUUUAUUGUGCGUUCUAUAUAUCUUCCGGUGUGUUAGCUCACAAUGUCCAAUUGAAUUGGACAAAUGCAUAAACCCAUCAACCGUAACCUGUACACAUGCGAGAUAUCGUACAAUGGAUGGAUCGUGCAACAAUCCCCGUUAUCCGACAUUAGGAAUGGCGGGCACAACUUAUAACAGAUUGUUACCAGCUAAGUACAGCGACGGUAAGUCGUCCAUUAGGCUUUCAAAGAGCGGAAAACCAUUGCCAAGUCCAAGACUUUUAUCGUACAAAGUUUUCGGUCGAGAAGUCGUAUCUGACCCUAAAAGAACACUGCUGACAAUGCAAUGGGGCCAACUGGUUACACACGAUAUAACUCUUCAUCUCCAAUCAAAAUGCCAUGGAGAAAGUCCUUUGACAGAAAAAAUUCAGAAAUGUUGCAAUGAAUCUGGUAGAUUUGAAUAUCAAAAUACCUCACUCAAGUGCGAUCCGCUUGCCGUACCACCGGAUGACCCUUUCUUUAAACGAUUCGAAUGUCUUAUAUACUUUCGAUCGUUAACCGAUGGAGAUAUACACUGUCCAGGUGCAGAAAGUACCAUCCCUGCUGACCACCCUUCGGGAGUAACUCACUACCUCGAUCUAUCCUUCGUUUAUGGAGAUUCAAGGAAUCAAAGCCGACAGUUAAGAGUAUCAAAGAAAGGUCUACUCAAGGCGACUGAACGAACAGGACAUGAAUGGCCACUACACAUCACACCACCAUAUUCACAAUAUGACCAGGAAAGUUUGUUAUAUGACUUAGGGGACAAACGUGCAAACCAACAUCCUGAUUUAACUUCAAUGCAAAUUAUCUUUCUCCGGGAACAUAACCGUAUAGCACUUAAAUUGGCGGGAUUGAAUCAGGACUGGGAUGAUGAGACCUUGUUUGAGGAAGCUCGAAGGAUCAAUAUAGCACAAUUCCAACAUAUUAACUAUUAUGAAUGGGCAAAGAAUUUGUUUAGCAUCGAUAAAUUGCGAGCCCACGAGAUCAUUUUCAACACGAAACCAGAAGAAUUUGUUAGUGACUACGAUCCUUGUGUUGACCCCAGAAGUAUCGAAUCUUUUAUACAUUCCGUCUUCAGAUAUUUUCAUACCCAAAUUAUGGGAGUAUUAUUCUUAGUAUCCGAAUCGCGUAGCUUCUACGAACCCGCAUUUACGCUUUCUAGUGUAAAAAAUAAACCAGAUUUCUUGGAAGACGAGUGCAGAUUGGAUUCAGUUGUACGUGGACUAAGUACUCAGCAUGCAAAACUAGCUGACACAAAUUUCGACAUUGAAGCAGCCGAAGAUUUUAAUCAAGGUAGACUGAAAGAUUUAAGGUCAACAGAUCUCCAACGUGACCGAGACCACGGUCUCCCUCCAUAUAAUGAUUUCUUAGAAUUCUGUAACUUGGGAAGAGCGAAAAGCUGGAAGGAUUUUCUGAUAUAUAUACCAGAAGAACAUGUCAAACGUCUAUAUAGCAUCUAUGAAUCCUUCGAGGAUGUAGACCUAUCCGUUGGCGGUGCGCUAGAGCGACACGUGCCCAGAUCUCUAGUUGGACCAACAUUCCUCUGUGUUAGCCUUAUACAAUUGAAGAAUUUGAGAAAAGGUGAUCGGUACUUUUUCGAGAACAGGGAACAGCCGUACCCAUUCUCCGAAGAUCAACUAAAAGAAAUCAGAAAAUCUAGUGCGGCUCGCUUAUUAUGCGACAAUACAAAUAUUGAGAGAAUGCAACCGCAGGCAUUUCGACGGAUAUCAAUAAACAAUGAACUUGAGCUUUGCUCGAAUCUACCUCAAGUUGAUUUGAGGAAGUGGCAUGUCAAUAACCCGAAAUAACUAUGAUAUAGCGCUUCUAUUUGGAUGAAAGAGUUUUAACAGAGAUAUUUCGGUUAGCUUUCCAAGA